AUGACAGAUGCCGCCGUGUCCUUCGCCAAGGACUUCCUGGCAGGUGGAGUGGCCGCGGCCAUCUCCAAGACCGCGGUCGCGCCCAUCGAGCGGGUGAAGCUGCUGCUGCAGGUGCAGCAUGCCAGCAAGCAAAUCACUGCAGAUAAGCAGUACAAGGGCAUCAUAGACUGCGUGGUUCGAAUCCCCAAGGAGCAGGGAGUCCUGUCCUUCUGGCGUGGUAACCUGGCCAAUGUGAUCAGAUACUUCCCCACCCAGGCUCUCAACUUUGCCUUCAAAGAUAAAUACAAGCAGAUCUUCCUGGGUGGUGUGGACAAGAGGACCCAGUUUUGGCGCUACUUUGCAGGGAAUCUGGCAUCAGGUGGUGCCGCCAGGGCCACGUCCCUGUGUUUCGUGUACCCUCUCGACUUUGCCCGUACCCGUCUAGCAGCCGACGUGGGCAAAGCUGGAGCUGAAAGGGAAUUCAGAGGCCUCGGUGACUGCCUGGUUAAGAUCUACAAAUCUGAUGGGAUUAGAGGCCUGUACCAAGGCUUUAACGUGUCUGUGCAGGGUAUUAUCAUCUACCGAGCUGCCUACUUCGGUAUCUAUGACACUGCCAAGGGAAUGCUUCCAGAUCCCAAGAACACACAUAUCUUCAUCAGCUGGAUGAUUGCACAGUCGGUCACAGCAGUUGCUGGGUUGACUUCCUAUCCGUUUGACACUGUGCGUCGCCGCAUGAUGAUGCAGUCAGGGCGCAAAGGAACUGAUAUCUUGUACACAGGCACGCUUGACUGCUGGAGGAAGAUUGCUCGUGAUGAAGGAGCCAAAGCCUUUUUCAAAGGCGCGUGGUCCAAUGUUCUCAGAGGCAUGGGCGGGGCUUUUGUGCUUGUCCUGUAUGAUGAAAUCAAGAAGUUCACCUAA